AUGGGUGAUACCGGUGAUAGAUUUGACUGGUACCAGUCAGAAAGUAAUGUAUGCAUAAAUUAUCUUAGAAAAAACUUAAAGCAGUCUGAUGUCAGAGUGGACGUACAAGAGCAGUCGGUUUCUAUAUUCCUUAUAACUACUAGCGGUGAUGAAUUGCUCAAGACGUUUAGGCUGUCUCACCCUGUUGUGCCAGAAAAGUCAUCAUAUCGUGUCACAGCAAUGAAGAUUGAAGUACAACUGAGAAAGGCGACUGAAGUUAGGUGGAGUUAUCUCGAGUCGAAAAACAGUGUGAACAACUCUGAAACUCCCAAAUCUCAGGAUGUUACCAAAAUUGUUCAUUCUUACCCAUCUUCGAGCAAGUUUUCACAUGAUUGGAAUAAAAUCGAAAAAGAAGCAUCCGAGAUCGAAGAUGAAGAAGACCCCUUAAAUAAGAUGUUCAAGAACAUUUAUGCAAACGCUUCUGAUGAGACAAGAAAAGCAAUGAUUAAAAGUUUUACGGAAUCAGCUGGUACAGUACUAAGCACAAACUGGAAUGAAGUUGGUGCGGGCAAAGUCGAAAUGAAACCUCCGGACGGAAUGGAAUUUAAAAAAUAUGAAAUGUGA